AUGGUAUCUGAGGAAUUCGAAGAGAUCUCCUUCUCCUAUAUGCCAAGGGAUAGUAAUCGGUUCGUGGAUGUGCUAGCAACCCUAGCAUCCAUGGUUGAGAUGGAAUUUGGAACAAAGGUACAUCCGUUCUCAAUUGAGUUAAGACAUCAACCAACAUAUGCCAAUCACAUUCAUGCUUUAGCGAUUGAUGGAAGACCAUGGUAUGCAAAUGUUACUGAUUUCAUAAGGGAAGGGCGAUACCCUAAGGAUGCCAUAGCCAAGGAGAAACGUUUCUUGAGGAGAUACGCAGCUCAAUUUGUGCUACUUGAGGACAUUUUCUACAAAAAGGUCAUACGAUGGAGUACAAUUGUUGUGUGUUGA